ACAGUAAACACAAGUGAGAAGGAAACAUUUGUCAUGGAAGCCAGGGAGCUGGAGAGCCCCACUCCAACCUACCAUCUCAUUCCUGAGGCCAGCCAGCCCAAGGAAGAUGUCAACAUGCAACCUCAACAGACCGCAGAAACUAUGCAGCUAAAGAAGGAGAUCUCGCUGUUGAAUGGGGUCAGCCUGGUGGUGGGCAACAUGAUUGGCUCAGGAAUAUUUGUCUCACCCAAGGGCGUGCUGGUAUACACUGCCUCCUAUGGGUUGUCUCUGGUCGUAUGGGCCAUUGGUGGGCUUUUCUCCGUUGUUGGUGCCCUUUGCUAUGCAGAGCUGGGGACCACCAUCACCAAGUCUGGGGCCAGCUAUGCUUAUAUUCUAGAGGCCUUUGGGGGCUUCAUUGCCUUUAUCCGCCUGUGGGCCUCUUUGCUAAUCAUUGAGCCCACCAGUCAGGCCAUCAUUGCUAUCACCUUCGCCAACUACAUCAUCCAGCCCUCGUUCCCUACCUGUGAUCCGCCAUACCUGGCCUGCCGUCUCCUCGCUGCUGCUUGCAUAUGUCUGCUGACAUUUGUGAACUGUGCUUAUGUCAAGUGGGGCACACGUGUUCAGGACACGUUCACUUAUGCCAAGGUCCUAGCGCUCAUUGCCAUCAUUGUCAUGGGCCUCGUUAAACUGUGCCAGGGACACUCUGAGCACUUUCAGGACGCCUUUGAGGGUUCCUCCUGGGACAUGGGAGACCUCUCUCUUGCCCUCUACUCUGCCCUCUUCUCUUACUCAGGUUGGGACACCCUUAAUUUUGUAACAGAAGAAAUCAAAAACCCAGAAAGAAAUUUGCCCCUGGCCAUUGGGAUUUCUAUGCCAAUUGUGACGCUCAUCUACAUCCUGACCAAUGUGGCCUAUUACACAGUGCUGAGCAUUUCAGAUGUCCUUGACAGUGAUGCCGUGGCUGUGACAUUUGCUGACCAGACAUUUGGCAUGUUCAGCUGGACCAUUCCCAUUGCUGUUGCCCUGUCCUGCUUUGGGGGCCUCAAUGCAUCUAUCUUUGCUUCAUCAAGGUUGUUCUUCGUGGGCUCCCGUGAGGGCCACCUCCCGGAUGUUCUGUCCAUGAUCCACAUUGAACGUUUUACACCCAUCCCUGCUUUACUGUUCAAUUGUACCAUGACACUCAUCUACCUCACAGUGGAAGAUGUUUUCCUGCUCAUCAACUACUUCAGCUUCAGCUAUUGGUUCUUUGUGGGCCUGUCUGUUGCUGGACAGCUCUAUCUUCGCUGGAAGGAGCCUGAGCGACCCCGGCCUCUCAAGCUGAGCCUGUUUUUUCCCAUCGUGUUCUGCAUAUGCUCCUUGUUCCUGGUGAUUGUGCCUCUAUACGGUGACACCAUCAAUUCCCUCAUUGGCAUCGGGAUUGCUCUCUCUGGGAUUCCUGUCUACUUCGUGGGUGUUUACUUGCCCGAGUCCCAGAGGCCAGUCCUUAUUCGAAAUGUCCUGGCUGCUGUCACCAAAGUCACCCAGCAGCUUUGCUUUUGCGUCCUGACUGAGCUUGAUGUAGCUGAAGAAAAAAAGGUUGAGAGGAAAACGGACUAGAGGCCAGAGGUGAUGUCUCUUGAGGCCUGGAAGGCCAACCAGCCACCAAAGUCCAGAUGACAAGACUGCAGGCCC